GUAAACUCAGUAUUUCCUGUUAGCUACGAGCGAAGAGUCGAAAAUAAAUUCGUUUUACUAUCGUAUUGAAAUUCGUAUAAAUAUUCAUUAAUGUAUUCAAUUUUAUUAAAAACCAGUGUACGCAUACACAUUAAAUGGAAAAAAAUAAACAGCAUUAAUUAACGAGUUUCAACAGUUCUUAAUACGUUGACGGAAAGUGUGAAAUAUAUUAAAUAUAAAAUGGACAUUAAAAGUUAGGGAAGGUUCUGCAAUUAAAUCAAAUCGUUGAAUACAAUUUUUAUUCGUGUUGCGAUAUUCGCUCUCAUAUUCAAAAAGUAUAAUUAUGUCAAAUAAAAUUUUUUAAGUUUUUAUUCUUUGAUUUUUAUUUUUUUAUCAUUUACUACUUGAUGCUGGAAAUUUGCAAAGCUAACAUAACUCAUAUACCCAAAUAACACACAUGUCCAAAAGUCAUCUUUAAGAUGUCUUAAGAACAACUUCUGUGUCAUUAGACGCCUCAGAAACGACUUUUGGAUAUCGUGUUGUAUAGGUACAUGAAUAUGCAUCAGUUGAACAUCAACCUUCAAGUAAUAAAAUCAACGCGUUUUAUUGCAAAAGGAAUAAAAAUAAAAUUUUUCUUGGUAUAAACUGCAGAUAGAUAUAUGUAACUCUUCUUUACAUCUAUAUUAAGAUGUUCAUUUGUUUUGGUGUUUGGCUGGCAUACAUGGACUGAUUUCUAAUUUUGUUUCAAUGUCGGAAUUUAGUUGUUUAACAAAAUUAGAUAUGUAGAUUAUAACAAAUUUUGUCCGAGAUACGAGGUUCUACAACACUAAAAUCUUUAUAUUCCAAUAAUAUUCUUAAAUGUCUAUGGACCUAUGGAAACGUGGCAACUACGUCAAUAAAUGAAAAAAGUUUAGAAGAAUAUGUGUUGAAUCGUUUUAGUAGUUUACGGAAUUGCUGAAAAGUUAUCAGUGGCAGCUCAAUCCACAAUUCACACAAUAUGAAGUGGAAGAUGGGUUCUUCGGAAUUUGUUUCCGAAAAAACAUUUCUUAUCAUCAGAGACGAUUUAUCAAACCUGGAAAGUGUUAAUGUCCGUUUCAAUGAGAGAAAGCACCAGAAUCAAGAAAGAAAAUUGAAAUCUUCGAAUAAAACUGAUACGUGGCCUCCGAAAAUUAAGAAGAGCCGCCCCGUGGAAAAGACAUUGAGAAGACCGAAAACAGCGAAUCUCGAGAAGCCCAGUGUCCUUAAUCCAAAUUUAGUUGAUAAGCUCGAUAUGUCGAUGUUAAGCAAAGAACUGUUAUCAAACAACAAAACGCGAAUCCGACGAAGCGCAAGUCCAUUGUGUGGGAAGUUGACUGGAGUCCGUAGACAGAGUGUGCCUCUUGGACAAGAAUCCGUGGGUGUGACAAAAAACUCGAAUUCUAACGUUUCCUCAUUGGUACGAGAAAAACGUCAGAGCUUCGAGGCACUUACGGAUUCGGAAUUGUCCCAUGUUAAAAUUUCAACUCCGCCAGUCGACAGCGGUAACGCGAAUAAACAGGAGUCACUAUAUGUGGGAAGAAAAGUUACAAAGCGAUUUCUACGGGAGGAACAGCAUCUCGACAGCAAUAAUAACAAGAACGGAGCCGUGCUCGGAAAAAUAUCUUCUCUGUCAGUUGCGAGGAAGAAAAACGUCUGGAAACCCACCUUGAUUGGUUCGGACGUUGAUAUAUUUGCAGGACCCUCCAAAGGGAUUCUAGAACCUUGCAAGACUUGUGGUCGAGCUGAUUUGCCAGAGCGCUUUCAUAGCCACCCAAAAGGAACUGUGACAAAAAUACGGGAUAACCUUUCACAUUCGAGAUCUAGAACUGCAAUACCCAAAACGAUUCAGAAACCUGUGCCGUUAAAUUUUCGAAGCGAGCGAAAUAAAAGUAUCGCAAGCCGCGUACAGAAUCAGCAGUCAACGAGUAUUGGAGUUUCAACUGCUUCAGGUGAUAUUGUGUCUGUGGCAGAAGAGCAAAACUCAAUUCAAAUGUCCGCCUCCAAAAGAAGACCGAGGACCGUCACUUGUUAUAUUUGCAGUCGUGAAUUUGGUACUGCCAGCUUUCCCAUCCACGAGCCUAAAUGCAUGGAGAAAUGGGAACGAGAGAACAAUGCGUUACCAUCAAUGCAGAGACGUCCGAAACCACAAAGACCAAAUGUGUCACCACGUGAUUCUGAAUGGAAUGCAGCUGCUUGGAAACAUAGUCAAGCUCAACUCGUACCGUGUCCAAAAUGUGGAAGAACGUUUCUGCCUGACCGUCUGCCUGUUCAUGAAAGAUGCUGCAAAGCCUUGCCUAAGCCGUCCACAAAUGUCAAAAUGGACAAUAUCGAGAUAAUGGAAAAAGCCAUAUCCAGCAGUACCAAUAAUAGAAGUUUGAUGGUACUCUGUCAAUCGUGUGGCCACCGUUUUCUAAGUAAGGACCUAAAGGCACAUAAACUUACAUGUGCAAAGUCGUCUCGCUCGAUGGGUGAUACAUUCUCGUCAACUCCCGACGAAACGAUGUCAGUUGCUGCAGAAAAUAUUCUGACACCUUCGCAAAUACCACAAAAAAGAACCAUCACGUGUUAUUUAUGUGGACGGGAUUUUGGAACAAGAAGCAUCGUCAUCCACGAGCCACAAUGCUUGAAAAAGUGGCACCAGGAAAAUGAAAAGUUACCGCCAAAUUAUCGAAGAAACGUACCACAGAAGCCAGACAUUAGUAUCAUUGGUAAUUCUGGUAAAGAUAUUGCAGCAUCCCAUCGAGCAGCGAUGGCGGAAGCUAACCGGCAAGUCCAUUUGAGCCAGCUUAUUCCUUGUAAACGUUGUGGAAGAUCAUUCGUUGCUGAUCGAAUUUCUGUUCACGAACGUUGUUGCAGAGGAACGCCAGCAAAGAGAAGCUCUUAGUGCCAUCGGUAGAAGCUUCUUUAAACAUUCUUUUAAAUCUUGUGAAAAAUAGGAUUAUUGUGUACAUAAUGUUCCGAGUCAAAAUGUUUACUGUAGCAGUGGGAGUGAUUAGGAAUAUGACUCACAAUUGUGAUCGUAUGGGUCCAGUUAUCUUCAGUCUUAGAAUAGUCCUAGUAAAUCCACCAGAUGUAUACGUGUAUAGCGUUUUCUAAACGUAAAGAAUCGGACAUAAAUUUCUUCGAAGUGUCGCCUACUACCACUUUUCCCCUAACUGCAAAAAUUCAACAAACUACCAAUUAUUCAGCAGGGUUAACGAACCUGUAUGUAAAUAAUAGAAAGUUCGUAUGUUUUUCAAUGUUUGAUAAUUAAGCUGAAGAAGCGGUCGAAGGUAGUAGUCGGCAAGUUUUGAAAAAAAUUUAUAUCGGACUUUGUACUAUACAGUAUAUGCUAUGGUAAAAUAUUACUAUAUAAUAAUAUUCUUGCUAUUACCAGACUAAAAAUUUUAAUUAAACAAAUAUCGCAAAAAAAUGGAUGUGUAGUAAAACCUCUCUAUUUGCCUCUGCUCUAACCGUUCACUCUGUGCUUUAGUCCAAGAUCAGCCUCCCGUUUACUUUAAGGGUGCUGCCCACUUUCUACUAAAAAUUCGAAAAAACAGGGGUGUUUAUAUUAAUCGUUACCAAGUGGUAUUUAGUUAUAAAUGCUAUGAAUCCUAAUGAAUAAUUAGGAAUUCUCAGUAAAACGUUUAUUUAAUGGGGUUCCUUUUUUUAUUAUGUUUCUGAAGUACGUUCUAUGAAGUGGUUGAUGGCCACGGACUAAUAGAGAGAUUUUACUGUAUGUAAGUCUACCUUAUACCAGGCACAUAAUAUUCUGAUAAUUGAUAUUUUUUUAAAUUAUUAAAUUGACACUGACAAUUGAAAUCGUGAUCUUUACAAUUUUCAUGGGUUUUAUAAUAAACCCGAAAGCGAUAGUCUGCUUGUUUAAUGUUUAAUUUUGUAUAUAAAUUGUAAUUCAAUCGGAUCAAUGUUUUGUUUGAAAUUUUGUAUGCAUAUCCAUGUAUCCAUUUAUUGGCUAUGUACAUAUGUACACGGAUCCAAUAUCUAAGCGUGUAUUAUUUGUUCUGAUGUGAUCUGUGUGCGGAAGCACAUAGCGAAUACGUAUAAUAUAAUGCCCCGUUAUCAGACACGUCUGUAUCAGCAGCAUCUGUCGUAUUUAUAAUUUCGAAUAAAGCAUUAGACUUUUACAGAAAAAGUGUGAUUCUGGGUGUACAAUAUUUUAGAGUAACGUUUGCAUAUGUUUGAUCUUAAAAUGAUGCACUGUUAAUAUUAUGAAAUGUAACUAAGAAUAAAUCUAAAAUUUUGCAGUGAAUUAA